CCACAUUUACCGCUGAGCUGGGUUUUGCUUCUUUCUUUUACACAAAAUAGAUUUUCCACCAUUCUCAGUUUUCACCAGGACUUAUCCAUAGCCAAAUCCCCAGAAUCAGGGCACGGUAAAAAAAAAAAAAGAUAAAAAGGAGAAAGUAAAUCUGCCACCAUUUGAUAUCUCACUAUCUCAAAAGGUAACUAUAUAAAUUAUCCUCCUUUACCUAACAUCACAGUAAAAAAAAGUAUAUAUAUAAUCCUAUAGAGAUCAGCACAAGCCUCUCGGCACAUUGUAACUUUGCUGGGAGUGGAAGGAAGGGAAUGUCAAAGAGGCAAAGCCUUGUGGUAAAACAAUUUUUUUACUUGAUCGUCGGCAGAAGGUCUCUCACUGCUAUUUUGUAGCUAGAAAGUUACCACUCUCUACACGGUAUCCUUUGUGCAUAUUAUUACCUCGCCGUUAACCCUUGCCGGCCGGCGGUGAAAAGGAAGAAGAAGAAGAAGAAUCGUAAUCAUGGACAGUCAGACUCAGGCAGAACCGAAACCCGAAGAGGUCCCCAGCAAUGAAACGGAGGAGGAAAGGAAGAAGAAGAUCGACGAUUGGCUGCCCAUCACCGGCUCCAGGAACGCCAAGUGGUGGUAUGCUGCAUUCCACAAUGUCACCGCCAUGGUUGGAGCAGGAGUUCUCAGUCUGCCGUAUGCCAUGUCGCACCUAGGAUGGGGACCUGGAACAGUGAUACUGGUGCUAUCAUGGGUGAUCACUCUGUACACACUGUGGCAGAUGGUGGAGAUGCACGAGAUGAUCCCCGGGAAGCGACUCGAUCGAUACCACGAGCUCGGCCAGGCAGCCUUCGGCAAGAAGCUAGGUCUGUACAUCGUCGUCCCACAGCAGCUCAUAUGCGAAGUGGGUGUAGAUAUAGUGUAUAUGGUGACAGGAGGAAAGUCGCUGCAGAAAAUUUACAACCUGGCCUGCGGGGAUUGCAAGAACAUCAAGCUGACAUACUUCAUCAUGAUCUUUGCCUCCCCUCAUUUUAUCCUAGCUCACUGCCCCAACUUCAAUUCCAUCUCUGUAGUCUCACUUGCCGCGGCAGUAAUGUCGUUGAGCUACUCCACCAUUGCCUGGGGAGCUGCUGCUGACAAGGGUCGUCAACCAGGAGUAUCGUAUGCCUCAGUAGCCUCAACUCCCACUGGAGGUGUCUUUAACUUCUUGGGUGCUCUUGGAGAGGUAGCUUUCGCCUAUGCUGGCCAUAAUGUUGUGCUCGAGAUCCAAGCAACGAUCCCUUCCUCGCCCGAGAGGCCAUCGAAAGUGCCUAUGUGGAGAGGAGUCGUUGUAGCUUACAUUGUGGUUGCACUCUGCUACUUCCCAGUCGCUCUAGUUGGGUACUACAUAUUUGGCAACAAAGUGGAGGACAACAUCAUGCUCUCCCUUGAGAAACCUGUUUGGCUCGUCAUCGUCGCCAAUGCUUUCGUUGUCAUCCAUGUCAUUGGCAGCUACCAGGUACUGCUGAUAGACAAUCUCUUCCUCACAUGGUGAAACAAAAUAUACUAAUUUGAGUUUCACAAUAGCUCUUCACCGUUCAAUUACGAUCCAACCGACCAUCCACAACUCAUUUUGGCUUCUCCCAUUGUAGUUGUUUGCAAUGCCUGUCUUCGACAUGAUGGAGAGUACCCUGGUGAAGAAGCUGAACUUCAAGCCAUCCUUCAAGCUUCGAUUUAUUACUCGUACCGUCUACGUUGCACUCACAAUGUUUAUCGGCAUCACCUUCCCUUUCUUUGGUGCGUUGCUUAGUUUCUUCGGAGGAUUCGCUUUUGCACCAACGACAUACUUCCUCCCCUGCAUCAUUUGGCUUGCCAUCGUCAAGCCAAAAAAGUUCAGCCUUUCAUGGUUCAUCAACUGGAUUUGCAUCAUACUUGGGGUAAUGCUGAUGAUUCUGGGGCCGAUUGGAGGAUUAAGAAACAUCAUCGUGCAUGCCAAAGAUUUCAAAUUCUACAAUUAGUGUGAGAAACAACAGUUGCAGUAGAGUGAAGGAAAUGAAACUGACAAUGAUGAAAAAAGAAGCCGAAGGAAGGGCAUUUCAAACUGUUGUUCAUAGAGGCCUGUUAUUCUAUUUUAGGAUGUCAAUCAGAUUUAAGAUUUUAUUUUGUCUCAUUGCCAGAGUAGGAGGUUUGGAAUACAGUACCAGUUUGUUUACCACUUCUGUUGAUAACUUGGUAUUCUUCUGCACUUCUAUUUUCUAUUGUGAACAGUAUCUUCUUAUGCAGUAGGUAAGUAAUGUAGUUGGGAUUCCAUUUCUUCAUCUGUUGAUUUGUCAUCCACUCAUCCUCCAAUUACGAAUCAAUAUGCUCGAGCUCCAAAAGA